CACACUAUCUGCCGAUUGAUGCUAUGCUACUGUAAACAACAUGGCGUCAACUGGAGAAACCGAUACUCUCCUUCGUCAUCGUUCAACAGGUAGCGAUCAGAAACAAGACACAGUUUCAUGGACCGAUAGUGAAGGUGACUCUGACUAUGAUGACCCUGAUUUACCUUAUGGUGGAAAGGUUUAUCUUGCGAGAAAGAAGAAACCAGACACACUUCUGGUUCGGUUUAUCGAGGCGUCUGUUGUCAUAGGCCUAGUGCUGUUCAUCUAUUAUGCCUACUACCAUUUUGAGAACCUGCGGUUUAAUGUUAAUCAUGCGUAUGCUCACAUUGGCCACACACACGCGAUGCAUCUGGUUGGGCAGCGCUACUUAAAUGGUUUUGGCGUUGAUAAGGAUCAUCAGCAAGCUAUGCGUUGGUUUAGAUACGCUGCAGAUAGAGACCACCCUCACGCGGCUCACAACUUAGCAGUCGCCCAUCUUCAAGGCUACCCAACAGACGUCAAGAGUAGAGAAGAAGCCAAAAAGUUACUGAAAUUUGCAGCUGAUAAAGGCGUGAAGGAAUCCAAGGAUGCCUUGAGAAAGAUGUGUCGGCAUGGCGAUUGCUAAGCUACAGUAUGAAAAGACCAGAAAUCAGAGGCAAUACUGAUGAUAUUGAUGUUAUUGAAUUUGGUGGAUACCAGGUUUUGUAAAACGGAAAGCAAAUGCUGUUGAACUUUAUUUAUUAUUUUGGUUUCUAACUACAGGUCUCCCUCCAAUUAAAGACCACUUUGGGACCAGGGUUUUCAUAGUGUUUAGCACCUUUGUUCUCAAAGUGGAAUAAUAAAGAUAAGACAUCUGUUAAUAUGGAACCACAGAAAAGUGGUCUUAUAUUGGAGGUGAGAUUAGAUGCCACAAUAACAAGAAAAAUCAUUGCAAAUUCUGUUGUUUGCAAACAAUAAGCAGUACUUACUGUAAACAUUCCAAAAAUAAUGAUGUGCAGUUGUUUAAUAGGGACUUUAAACUUACCUCAAUUUAUAUUAAUUGUAUUAAUUUAACAUUAGUUUCUUUGAAGAUAGUACUUGCUAUAUCAGUGUAUGCAGCUUUCCAAAUUUUAAAAGGAUGGUUUAGGGACGCAUUUAAUGAAAGAAAAUUUUCUUUUUAUUGUGGCAUGUAGUUAAAUCAGCCUAUCCUAUAGUAGAAAUGAUAGCAAAACACUAAAUAUGCUCUAUUUCUGGCACUGCAGUUUGUGGAUUUUCUGACAUUUUCAUGAUCAUACUUUUUGUAUGAUGGAAUCAGAUUUGAUAGUUGAAUAGUAGUCAUGCUGAUUGUUCUAUUAAAAAUGUUCUGAAUUGCAGAACAAAAUAUGUUAGCAGCACAUUUACUGAACACUUUCAAAUUCUGCCUUGUUUAGAAUAGUUAGCCCUGGUGUACUAUAUUGAAUGGUCCAUGCCUCCGGUGUUGCCCCAGUAACAAUUACCUACCUGUAACCAUCACCUUGACACAGUAACAAAGGCAAUCGAAAAAGACAUUGUGAUAGAAACAUUCAGGACAACAUUCUGAUGUUAUUUUGGUUCAAUCACAAAUGAAAGUUUAACAACACUAUGUAACCUUGAAGUUUAGAAUAAUAUUGGACUUUGGACAAAGGGCAUUGUUUAUAGAUUUUAAAGUUGUCAGUUGCAUAUAAUAUGCAAUUUUUUGAUCUUUUACAGUUUGUACUAUGUAAGGUGUUAUGCAAUACAGUAUAUAUUUUAAUGUUUUAUAUGGUAAUUUUUUUCUUCAAUGUAUAAAUGUAUAUGGUCUGUGCAAUAACUAAAAUAAUGCAAGUUAAAGCUACUUUUACAAGAACAAAAUUGUAUUGCAAUCUAUUUUAGGAGCUAUUGUUGUUGCUAGUUCGUUUCCACUUAGGCUUGUUGUUUGCUACUCAGGAUUUUCUACCCGGCCCAUUGCCAACAUGACAUUUUGCCACCCUAGGUGUUAUCUUUCAAAUCCUCAAAUAUUUCAAGGAUUGAUAAAGCGUUUAUAUGUACAGAAAUGGUUUUAUUACCUUUAGUCAUUGACAUGUACGAUAUGUCUUGCUAUUUUUGACAUUGAAAAUAUAACUGUAAUGUGUUAUUGAUAUAUCAUUGUUAAAUAUAAACAUUAUUUGAGAAACAUGCUAUUUACUGGAAACAUAGGCUUACUAAAUUUGUCUUCUUUUAUUUAAUAGAAUAGAACAAAUAUCAAAACCACAUUAUAAAAGUUUAGCAGUGUAAAAUCACAGUUUGUGACAUGUUCUAAUGAAACUGGGACAAAAUAUGAUAUGAUAUUUUAUUAUAAUUAAUAAUCUAUAAUUAAUUAAUUGGUUUAUUUAUUUCUCUAAAGCUUUCUUCACACUAUAAAGUUUUAUGGGACAAAUAUGUGAUGUGAAACAUAUAUGGGCAAGAUGAUGUCUUAUUACACCCAAAUAUGGGCAUUCAUAUUUAUUUGUCACAUAAUAUUUAAUAAUGUUGAUAGAGCAAUUGAAGUGCUAUUUUUUAAAGGCAAAUCUCACUGUGCAUACACAGUUCAUGUAUGAUUUCACACAUACAACAAUGGCACCAGAAAUUUGCCGACAAGCGGUCCGUAGCAAGGGACCGCCUAGAGCCUCGGCCUGGAAUGAAAAAAUCCCUGGUAGAGUUCAUGGGGGUGUUUUGGGUUAGUUUGGUUCAAUAUAUGCUUUUAGACCACAAUAUUAAUGAUUGGUUAUUUUGGAUAGACAAAUUAUUUUUUUUUUUAAUUUUUUAUACGACCUAGUUGUGCGUCAGACAACAGGGGGUCCAGGCCUGUUCCCCCUCCUUACCCCGUUGGCACCACUGCACACAAACAUAAUACAUGUAUAAAAUAUAGAAUAAUUUUGUUUGCUUUUUCUUUAGGUUCACCUUACAUUGUCUUUACUUGGACAUGGCACUUUGAGACCAUGUUUAUUUGCGCCAUAUAAAUUGGCCUAUUAUUAUUAUUAUUAUUAUUAUUAUUAGUGUAAAAUUAAUGAAAUAAAAUUUUUACUUAAAUCUUAUGUUUUCAGACAAUAUAGAGAUAAUUAUUUGAAAUUAUCGUGAUAAAUUCAGAUCUGAAAACUUUGAUCAUUGAUUUCCUUACCAAGCGAUUUUUCCUGGUUUCAUGGGAACAUAUUGCAUACAAUUUGUGUGCAGUAUGCAUGCUAUGCUUCUGUGCAUUACAAACUUUACCAUACUUAUUGUCUGUUUUGUUUUGGUUUGAUGCAAUACUUUAUUAAAACAUUUGAAUAUUCUUUGUUUGUAGGGUAUUAAAUCAUAAUUAUACAACUAGGUUUCUGUUGUAUUUUGGUGAUUUAACUUAUUAUAUUUAUCAGUAUCUUGUGAGGUUAUUCAAAUACAUGAAAUAUAGUUUGAAAUGUAUAUUUUUGUGUUAUUUAUAAGUAUUUGGCGUUUAAGUAUGUUCUAUAUUUCAAGCAUUGUAUCAGACGUCGUAAUUUAGCAGAAAUGCUCUGUACCAUUGUUGAAUAAAUGUUUGAUUUGAU